AACAAUGCAGUGCAUUACUAUUUCACCCUUUGCUACAGUAGUAAAUACACAAAAAGUGGAGGUUAUCUGACAUCACUUCAUACCAAAAACCCCAGAAGUGUGGCAGAGCCACUGACAACAGGGAAGUGUUAGAUUUUAUUACUCCAUCCUAAUCCUCUAAGCCUCCUAAUUCCCCCCGACCGUGGUCUUGAGAUGCUGGAUGGAUGCAUGAUGGCUUAGUCCCUCAUUAGAAAAGGUUACGCUUUGCCCUCCUGCGUUACUCGCAGCGACUCGCCAUGGAGGAGCUACUGAUACCCACAGAUGCCGAAGAGGCGCCUCCGGAGCCUGGCAUCUUCUUCUCUCCAGCGGGACCGGCUAAAACCCAGCUGGAGAGAAUGAAGGACUUCAUGGCAAGCACGUUCUCGGCCAGCGUCAGAAAGUAUGUGAAGGACUACAUCAGGAAAAACGGGCUGCUGACGCUCUCGGUUCUAGCCGUGAUCACAGGAUGCGUCCUGGGCUUCACGCUGAGGGGUCUGGACCUCUCCACACAGGCAAAAAUAUAUUUCUCCUUUCCUGGUGAGCUGCUCAUGCGGAUACUUAAAAUGUUGAUUCUUCCCCUAAUCACUUCCAGUUUAAUGUCUGGACUGUCGUCUAUGGAGUCGAAGGCCUGCUGCAGGAUGGGGGUGCUGACGGUCACCUACUACCUUUGGACCACAUUCAUCGCAGUAGUGGUCGGCAUUGUACUCGUUCUUAUCAUCAAACCUGGCUAUGGGACACACACGGAGAGCAGUAGACUGGGAGGUGGACAAGUCAUAACGUCUGCAGAUGCACUGCUGGAUCUGGUCAGGAAUAUGAUCCCCUCCAAUCUCAUUGAAGCCACAUUUCAGCAAUAUAAGACAGACAUUGUUCCAAUCAUAAAAGUGAACACAGUGAACACAGGACGCCCACAUUUUGUCUACUUGAUGCCUGAUGAAGACAAUCCAAAGGGUCGGUCGGUGCUGUUGGAGCUAACGCCACCUCCAGACAUCGAGUAUAAAACCCGACCAAGCCACAGUCAGCAGAUGAACGUACUCGGCAUUGUUAUUUUCUCAGCCACAAUGGGUCUCUUACUUGGUAAAAUGGGCGAACGGGGAGUUCCUCUGGUGAACGUUUGCCAGUGCAUCAAUGAGUGUGUGAUGAAGAUCAUUAAUGCGGCUGUAUGGUAUUUUCCUUUUGGGAUCAUCUUCCUGGUGGCUGGCAAAAUCCUGGAUAUGAAUGAUCCCUCCACACUUGGGAAGAAGCUGGGCUGGUACGGGGUGACGGUCAUGGCAGGCCUGUUUGUGCACGGCCUCAUCUUGCUUCCAUUCUUUUAUUUCAUUCUGACAUGGAAAAAUCCUUUCACAUACAUCAGAGGGCUUCUGCAAGCCAUGGUCAUUGCCCUCGCCACGUCAUCCAGUUCUGCAACGCUGCCCAUUACAAUGAAAUGUUUGUUGGAGAACUGCCGAGUGGACAGGCAGAUUGCCCGGUUUGUGCUGCCAGUGGGAGCCACCAUUAACAUGGAUGGAACGGCACUUUAUGAAGCAGUCGCUGCUAUUUUUAUUGCCCAGGUCAAUGACUACGAACUGGAUUUCGGACAGUUGGUCACCAUCAGGUACUUACAGACAGGCAAAGAUGUAACCAAAUAUAGCCAGAUUUAGUGGUCGACCGGACCGAUAUAUCGGAACUUUUAUUUUGACAGUGCUCAGAACACCAGCACCUGUGCACACAGAGCACCUGUUCUCUGUCUUCAUUAGUUUACUGUCUCUGUUUAACAGUUCUAAUAAAUUAUUACACAGAACAAAGUUAGUAAAGGGCAUCCGGAAACAGAUAGCAUUUUCUUUUCUAUUAAUAGUAACAAAGACGUUCUCAUCAAACGUCAGCGUUCACCAAAUGCGCAUUUCAUUUAAACAAAUCUUUGAAUAGCCUAUCUAAUGAACGUUUAAUUUCACCAAGUUACAAACUUUGUCGAAUUCAGCUCUGAAAAGUGUGCAUUUGUCGACUGCAUAAAAACAACUGCUGGUUACAGUGUUUACUUCCUUUUUAUUCAUAUUUUAACAAUUUCUUUAUUUGUGUAAAAUACUAUAGUAGAAUUACAGAAUCAAGAAUUUGCCCUCUAAAUAAAUCUCUUUAUUUUACAGGAUAGUUUUUUUU